CCAGGGUGCAGCCAGCACCAUGGACACCUCACGGGCUCUGCCGCUCUUCCUGCUCCUGGCCUCGGGAGUAGAUGUCAUCACUCUCAGAGCCCCUUCUGGAGUCCAGCAAACCAAUUUCAUCUCUGACUCAGAAAGCUCUUCCCAGGGCCCAGAUUCGAAUGUUUCUUUCAUCAAGCCCCCCAGAUGGGAAUUUCUGGAUCGGUCUCCAGGUUCAACAGCCACUGCUGAUGUCCCCCAUUCCAAAUGGAUUCUCGAGGCCCUGAAUUUGGACAACAUAACUGGAUCCCUCCAGUCAAAUGUUUCUGCUGAGGACCGAAAGUCGGGCCUGGACACCACCAUCUCUGGGAUCUCUGGUUCCCGAGUACUUCCUGAUAUCUUGGGCUCUCAAGUUCCUGCUAAAAACUCAGAGCCUUCCUUUGCUGUUAAGAACCCAGCUUCAAACAUUUCUGCCCAAGUCCCCGAAGCUAAUAUAUCUGCGGAGGGCUCAGGUUUAAAGUUCUCCCCUGAGGGUCUGGAUUUUAAAUUCCCCGCACAGAGCCCCGAAUUCAAAGUUCCUGCAGAGGUCCCCCUUGAGCCAAGCUUCCCCCAGCAGGUGGGGGGGCCUCUUGCUGUAUUAGUGGGAACCACCAUCCAACUCCCCUUGGCUCCAGUCCCCAGCCUUGCCCCCCCUGCCCCUCUGGUAGUCUGGCGCCGGGGUUCCAAGGUUCUGGCAGCGGGGGGCCUGGGGCCAGGGGCCCCUCUGAUCAGCCUGGACCCUGCUAACCGAGAUCGCCUACGAUUUGACCAGACACGAGGGGGCCUGGAACUCGCCUCUGCCCAGCUGGAGGAUGCUGGGGUCUACACGGCUGAGGUCAUUCGUGCCGGGGUUUCCCGGCAGAUUCGGGAGUUCACGGUGGGUGUAUAUGAGCCUCUACCCCAACUGUCCGUGCAGCCCCAGGCCCCGGAGACCGAGGAAGGGGCGACUGAGCUCCGGCUGCGAUGCAUGGGAUGGGGGCCCAGUCGCGGGGAGCUAAGCUGGAGCCGGGACGGACGCGUGCUGGAGGCAGGGGACCGGGAGGGAGCGGAGCUGUCCCGGAUCCGCGCAGAGGGCGACCAACUACUCAUCGUGCGCCCUAUGCGUAGCGACCACGCCCGGUACACUUGCCAAGUUCGCAGCCCUUUCGGCCACACCGAAGCCGCAGCCGACGUCAGCGUCUUCUACGGCCCGGAUCCCCCGGUCAUCACGAUCUCGUCGGACCGAGACGCCGCUCCCGCCCAUUACGUCACUGCGGGCAGCAACGUGACUCUGCGCUGCACCGCCGCCUCGCGGCCGCCCGCCGACUUCGCUUGGAGCUUGGCCGACCCGGACGAGGCCGCGGUGCCCGCCGGCCCGCGCCUCCUGCUGCCCGCCGUCGAGCCCGGCCACGCCGGCGCCUACGCUUGCCUCGCCUCGAACCCGCGCACCGGCCGCCGUCGCCGCUCUCUGCUCCACCUUACGGUUGCGGAUCUGCCCCCCGGGUCCCCACAGUGCUCGGUCGAAGGGGGUCCCGGGGACCGCAGCCUUCGCUUCCGCUGCUGGUGGCCCGGUGGGGUUCCUGCUGCUUCCCUACAGUUCCAGGGUCUCCCCGAGGGUGUCCGCGUGGGACCGAUGUCCUCCGCACUCCUGGCAGUUGUCCCCGCCCACCCUCGGCUUAGUGGCGUCCCAGUCACCUGCCUUGCUCGCCACUUGGUGGCCACCCGCACCUGCACUGUCACCCCGGAGGCCCCUCGAGAGGUGCUGCUGCAUCCGAUGGUGGAGAAGACACGGUCAGGGGAGGCAGAGGUGGUGCUGGAGGCCUCUGGCUGUCUGCCACCUUCACAAGCAUCCUGGGCCAGGGAAGGGCGACCCUUGGUCUCUGGAAGUGGGGGACGCCUGAGACUCAGCCAAGACGGGCAGAGGCUCCUCAUUGGCAACUUCAGCCUGGAUCGGGACCUAGGAAAUUACUCCGUGUUGUGCAGUGGGGUGCUGGGUGCUGCGGGCGACCAGAUCACCCUCAUUGGGCCCUCCAUUUCCUCAUGGAGGCUGCAGAGAGCCCAGGAUGCAGCGGUGCUGACUUGGGAUGUGGAGCGUGGGGCUGUGGUCAGUGGUUUUGAGAUUCAGGCACGGUUAGAGGGGCCUGAUGUGAGCAGAGCCAUCCUCUACCAGGGCUGGGUCUCCUUGCUCAUCCUGGGGCCUCAGGAACGGUCAGCCGUGGUGCCCCUCCCUCCUCAGAACCCUGGGACCUGGGCCUUGCGUAUCAUGCCCAUCCUGGGGGGGCAACCAGGAAUGCCAUCACAAAGCCGGAUCUACAGAGUUGGCAGCACCCUGGGCCCUGGGGCCAUCGCUGGCAUCGUCUUGGGCUCUCUACUGGGCCUCGCACUCCUGGCAGCACUUAUAGUCCUGUGCAUCUGCUGCCUGCGUCGUUUUCGGGGAGAGACUCCCAUGAAAAAGAAGCUUCCACCCCAUUUUAUCCCUGUGGUCCCCCCACCAGAGAAGAAGAUGCAGAGUGUGGCUUCAGUGAAGACUCCACAGCCUCUGCCCCUCAAAGUCCCACUGGAGGAGCCCAGUCCAACCAGGGUCCACCAAGUCACUGGCCCCAAUCCAGUCAUCUCUCCAGUUGGGGGCUGGAAGACUGUUCGAGCAGCCACACAGGUGUGACUUGGGCUGAUGGCCUGUUUUGCACAGGACUUCUUGUUCUCACUCAGCAGCAGGCAGGGCCUUCCUGUCCUACUGGGACUGAAGGUCAGACUUGGAAAGUGGGACUUUCUGUUGCCCUCUCUUGCCUCCGAAGACUCUACCUGUAUUUGUGCAACUAAGGAGGUGGGACUCCUGGGCUGAAGGAGACCCCUGCUGAUCUAACAGUGUGGUUUGCAGCCCUGGCUGCUAUGGCUCAGUGGAUUGAGCACUGGCUUGUGAACC